AUGGUUCAGAUCGAGAACAGGAGGAAGAAGAAAGGAAGACCAUCUAAGGCAGAUCUAGCAGCACGGGCUGCUGAGGACUCCGACGUCGACGUUGGAGUAUCACCCUCUUCUUCUGCGGCGGCUGCGGAGGAGGCGAGGGAAGUGAGAAAUUCGUUCGUGGGUUGUAGAAUUACAGCUAGUUUGUUUUUUCAGAUAGAUUCGCCCAAUUCAAUCAAGAAAUUCUUGAAGGGUUCUUUAGCAUUGGAUAUAGGAAGACUAGCAGGAGGAUAUGGAAUGGGUGCCUUCUCCUAUGUGGUACCUGUUUACAUUGCGGAAAUAUCACCUGUAAAUCUCCGAGGAGCACUUACAACAUUAAACCAGGUCAUGAUCUGUACUGGCGUCUCAGUGGCGUUUAUAAUAGGGAUAGUUUUAUCAUGGAGGACUUUAGCAUUAACUGGACUUGUUCCAUGUGCUGUUCUGCUUUUGGGUUUAUGCUUCAUUCCAGAAUCUCCAAGAUGGAUGGCGAAAAUAGGAUCUCAAAAGGAGUUUGAAGCUGCAUUUCAGAAACUUCGUGGCAAGGAUGCAGAUAUAACCCAUGAGGCUGCUGAGAUUCAAGAUUACAUAGAAGAACUCGAAAAGAUGCCCAAAGCUAAUAUGUUUGACUUGUUUCAAAAGAGGUAUCUACGUUCUGUAACGGUAACUCUUGAGAUCCCUUGGGUCAAGUGGGAAGAUGGGUGGACAUGGGAAGUGAAGGCACAAUUGAUGGAAGCUGUUGAGUGGCCUCAAAAGCACCAGGAUGCAUUCGAGCGAAUUGGAACCUGCCCACCAACAGGAGUGUUGUUGUUUGGUCCCCCCUGGAUGCAGCAAAACGCUCAUGGCCCGUCCUGUAGCUUCUGAGGCAGGACUGAAUUUUCUGGCUGUCAAGUGUCCAGAGUUAUUCAGCAAGUGGGUUGAUGAAUCUGAGAAGGCUGUUAGAUCUCUUUUUGCCAAAGCAAGAGCUAACGCGCCAUCAGUUAUAUUUUUUGAUGAAAUAGACA